AUGCCGCCCCAGUCAGCUGCUGCUGCUGCUGAGCGACUACGGAAGGAACUCGCGGCCCAGAGAGCCCGCACAGAAGCGCUCAAGCAUCUGGAAGCGACGAGCAGCGGUCCGAGCCAAAAAGAAUUGGCGCAGCAGCAGCAGCUCAGGCAGCAACAGACUACCAAUGUCACGUCAGCUGUAGCUCAGCGUCGUCUGCUCGGCGCGCAGCCGCGGGAGCCGUCGGUGGCGGAUAAGCUCGACCCUCGAGUGAGGGACAAUACGCUGCAUGCACUGGCGCGGCGGCGGGCACAGACUCUGCAGAAGACGCGCGCGGUCGAGCAGAUGACCGAGAGCUACCGUGUUGAACCGAAGACGACAGAAUAUAACGCCAGUUCAGCCGAAUGGCAGGAACUCGUAGACCGGUCGUCGGGCGAGUCGUAUUUUUGGAAUAAGACGACGAAUGAGACGGUGUGGGAGCGACCUGAACGUUCAUCGAUACAAGUACAGGCACAGGAGACGGAAGCUGGUGCUGGAUCGACGACGAGGGAGGGGCAAUUACCCGAUGGGUGGGAAGAAGUGCCGGAUGCAACAAGCGGUGACGUGUACUAUUGGAACCGAAAGUCGAAUGAGACGACGUGGACGCGGCCGAUUUUACGAAACGUUGCGUUAGUGCAAGCGAUCCAGGCGAAAGCAAAGCUUGACAACAUUCUGAAAGGCUGUGGAAAGGCUCAAGCUGUUGGCUCUCGCUCGAGUACCAAUGCGACGGACGGUAAGACACUGACCGACCCGUCCGUGCCAUCAGCAGCCAGUUGUGGCGUAGCGUCAAGCAAGCGGCGUGCUGAAACAGUCGAGUGUUCUGGCGAGCAUGGAGACAAAAGACACAAGCGUUCUGGACGCGAUGAUGACGCUGUCGAGCCAUUGGAAAGAACUUAUGCAGACGCUAAGUGGUCGGAAGAGCCCAAGCUGUGA